AUGACAAUCUCAGAUGAGCAAGACACAUCGGGCCCCAACGCACCCUUGCUCGCCUCCCCGUAUGCUCGAGACCACGGCCAUGAAGACCAUGGCAAUGAAAGCCUGGCCUCCGAACUGGAAUACUCCGGGGGCUGGUUCAUAUGGGCGUUGACCUUCUCAGCAGGAAUAAGUGGUCUCCUCUUUGGAUAUGACACAGGAGUCAUCUCCUCCACUUUGGUGACAGUCGGCACAGAUCUCUCAAACCGAACAUUGACAACUCUUGACAAAAGCUUAAUUACAUCAUGUACAAGCCUAUUUGCGUUAAUAGCUAGUCCUUUCACCGGGGUUUUAGCAGACAAGCUUGGCCGUCAGAAAGUUAUACUUGGCGCAGAUGCACUAUUUGCUCUAGGGGCUUUGGUACAGGCUUUAACAACCCAGGUUUGGGGCAUAAUUCUGGGGAGGAGUAUUGUUGGACUUGCGAUUGGGAGCGCAAGUGCGGUUACUCCAUUGUAUAUUUCUGAGUUGGCACCAUCAAGUGCGAGAGGAAGACUUGUCACUAUUCUCAGUCUGUUUAUCACCGGUGGGCAGGUGAUAGCAUACAUAGUUGGCUGGCUUUUCUCCAGCUCACCUGGGGGCUGGCGCUGGAUUGUAGGCCUUGGAGCACUCCCCGCCUUUUUUCAGCUUGCGAUUCUUGCUUUCCUACCCGAGACGCCUCGGUGGCUAGUCCAGGCUGGAUUUGAUACCCAAGCAAAGGCAGUUCUACGCAAGAUCUACCAGGGCUGCCCUGGAUGUGAGGGCGUGACAGACAGGGUCUUGCACGAUAUCAAUAAGGAGAUUGAUGAAGAAGUAUCGGAGUUAGGGCAAGGAAAAGAUCGUGGUACCAAACCACAAUGGUUGCAUGAUACCCUUGAACGCGGGCAGCAGUUAUUCCAAGGCGGAAAUAGGAGAGCAUUGAUUAUUGCAAUGAUGCUUCAGGCAGUCCAGCAACUAUGUGGCUUCAACAGUCUGAUGUACUUCUCCGCAACGAUAUUCUCAGCUCUGUCGUUCUCAUCCCCGACCUUGGUUUCUCUUUCAGUGGCGUUGACCAACUUCAUAUUCACGCUUCUUGCAUUUGCAUUCAUUGACAGAAUUGGGCGUCGACGCAUUUUACUUUAUUCCAUGCCCGUCAUGACGAUUGCCCUCAUUGUCUGCGCGCUGUCAUUUUCUUCCUUGAAAGAUGUAUGGAAUAAGCAACCACCAACACGACACGAAGAGGCCCCUGACGAUUCUGGAUCUCUCAUGCCGCUUGCUAUCUUGUUCUGCCUUACCGUAUACACUGCGGCUUACGCCUUUGGCCUCGGAAACGUUCCAUGGCAACAAUCAGAACUCUUCCCUCUGAGCGUGCGCUCUCUUGGCUCAUCAUUGGCCACUGCCACUAAUUGGGGAUCAAACUUCAUUAUUGGCCUUACGUUCUUACCCAUGAUGGAAUGGAUCUCACCGUCGUGGACUUUCCUUGUCUAUGCACUAGUCUGCGUAGCUGGAUGGGCUGCAGUAUGGGCAAUCUACCCGGAGAUGAGCGGACUCAGUCUUGAAGAAGUGAAAGGUCUUUUGGUAGAGGGCUGGGGCGUUCAAGAAAGCCUGCAACGAAGGCGUGUUGCACCUCAUACUUAA